AUGGAGACGCCAGGUUUUCCUUCCAUAGAGCUUCUCCCCGUGAGGGGAGACAGAGUGCUCAGCGUCUCCUCUCCCUUUCGUCUGUGGCCAACACGACGGUCCCAGCAAACCCCCCGUCUUCCGCUGUCUGCUACCCCCUCGUCUGUCGCUUCUACCGCUUCUACCCCCUCGCCUGUCGCUUCUACCGCUUCUACCCCCUCGCCUGUCGCUGUCCCCCCUUCUGUCACUGUACAAUCUUCCGCGUCCACUUCUUCAGCACACGCGUCUUCGCCUUCCGCCGCAGGAAUGCUUGCACGCUUUCGGAGUUUCUGUGCGCGACGGUGUAGCUACAGCGUGCCGCUUCCUCGCCACGUCGCAGAUGUUCGGCGUUUGCUGGACGUCCUGUUUUACGAACAGCUGGUCUUUAUCUCAAUUUCUGCCUGCUUGUCGACAGCUCACCUCGCUAUUUUGGUUUACACGUGCACAUUUGAGGAGCCGCUGAAAGAGCCGGCGCCGUUCCUCCCCAUCCUGGGUGUGAUGCUGGGCCUGAGUGUGACGACGCUGGGCGUCCGCGUGCGCCUGGUGGUGAACGUCCGCACUCUCCAACACGCUUGGUGGCACCGGCCUGUGCUGAAAGACACCGUCGAGCUGUUGACCUCGCCCCUGUGCCAAGCUCGCCGCGUGCUCUUUGUCAUCUCCUUUUGCGUCUACUUUGCGACGCUCCACUUGGCGUACUACAACGGCGGCACGGGCGCGAACUCGUCCACCCAGGCGCCUGUGCUGCUGCGCUACAUCUCCAUCAUCGUACUCGCCUUCCUCUCGCUCCUCGGCCCCCACAUCCUGCUUCUCGCGUGCAUAUGUACCAGCUUCGUGCUCUGCCUGUGCUCGCCGCCCGAACACUUUGAGCACCUGCUGAUCGAGGAGCCUCGCAGCGGGCGCGCGCUACCCAAAAAGUUCCUCCAACGCAUGAAGGAGGAGAAGUGGUUACCCGCCUCGGCCUACGACGCCGCCGAACGCGCCGACACGGGUCUGGAAGAAGAGGGCGAGACCGAACGCGCGCUGGGCCGCGUGUGCUUCGUCUCCGUUUUCCUCUGCAGGUGCGCAAUUUGUCUGUGCGAAUUCGAGGAGAACGACUGGAUUCGUCGUCUGCCAUGCCAGCACUUCUUCCACAGCGCAUGCAUCGCCCGCUGGCUGAGAAGCCACGCAAGUUGCCCACUUCGAUGCCACGUCAACUUCUUCACUGGCGAAGUGUACAGCUCUCCUGUGUCGUGUUCGGUCGAGCCGUCUUCGCGUCCGGCACGAGUGCAGAGAACACGCCGUGCAGUGGUCUCUCGCUCUCGGACCGCGGCAACGCAUGAGCUGAGAACGGGCGAAGUAGGGAGAGGACAUGAAGCGUCGGCCGUAGCGCAGGCGGCGGUCUCAGGGGAGGGAACGGAGUGCGCUGAGUUGGCGGAGAGGUACACUGCAGAAACGCGGCGGAGACGCGCGGGUCUCGAAGAGACAGGACAAGAGGAAGCAAGAGAGGAUCGGCGAGCAGAACAGCUCGCGCUCCGGAUGUCAGACGGCGGCAGUAGCCGACAGAGCGCUCCAGGAGAGGAGGGUCAACAUCUGUAUCUGCCGGGUGGAAGUGACCCUGCGAGUGUUAGUCCUUGCCUUUUUCAAGCUGUAUGUACACCGAAGUGA